AUGUCCGAGGACAGCAAAAACCUCGAUUCAUUUCUCAGGUUUUGCCAUCCAUCAACACUCGCAGAGGACCCUCCCCUCGGCAAUCUGACGGAUGCCCUACCUGUGCUCGCAUUUGCGAGCAAGUUCGAGAGAGAGAGAGCCUCUUCACAACCGCCAGGAAAGCACUGCUCGAAUCUGAAACCAUCCUUGCUGCUAGAAACACCCUCAAAUUUUGCAGAAGUCGCUUUUAUCACCGCAUUUGACUUUCUUGCCCUGUUGAUAUACCGCAAAACUUGCAGUAUCGUCGUACAAUCUUUAGCGAACGACUUGAGUUAUGACACUCACGGCAGGGUCCCGGAAGUACUGUAA